AGUCAGGUGGUGAGGCCAGUCACAGUUGGGAGAGGUAGUUGAUGGAGAGCUCGCUGAGGGGACAGAGAGAGGUGUGCUGGUGCUGCGUACUCGGUGCGGCAUUAACAGCUGUGGUAACCGCUCCGUACCUGCAUCUGAUGACAAAGUUAAGCUGAAUUACCCCGAACAGACUCCGGUGUGUCCCGCUGAGCUUGGAGAGUGAGUCCAGUGUGGAGAUCCUUAUCCGCGCUCCAGAGAAGAUGUCAUCGCUGACGCUGAUGACGGGAGCGGUAGCGGAUCCCUCCCUCUGACUGCCUGCUGUAAGAUACUUCUAGCGGGAACGCCUUCAGGAAAGUGUCUUGGAGGUGACUGACAUUCAUAGAUGGAGACUCCGCCCGACAGUGAUUCCAGCUGGACCACCUGUUCAACUUUUUGCUACUACAAUAGAAGUUUGGGAUCAUGAACCAGACAGAUGCUGUAUUCCUGCUCACAAACAGCAGCAACUCUUUAGGCAGCAUACUGGGAUGCUGCACCCAGGCAUCAGUGGUAACAGAUGAUGGGUUUGAAGUACCCUCUACGGACGAGAGGAACCUCUUUAUCAUGAGAGUGGUCCAGAUAGCAGUAAUGUGUGUCCUGUCCCUGACAGUCAUAUUUGGAAUCUUCUUUCUAGGAUGCAAUCUUCUUAUCAAGUCUGAAGGGAUGAUAAACUUUCUGGUCAAGGACAGGAGACCAUCCAAAGAAGUUGAAGCAGUAAUUGUUGGUCCAUAUUGAUGGUACGAUGGGGAGAAGAAUAUCGUUGAUGUCUUCACAGAGAUGUCUGAAGCGACACAUUUUGCCUUUCAUUCAUAUGUCCCAUGUGUUGAAGAAGAUCUACAGCAAGAAAUGAGAAUAGUGUUCAGAUGUACGAUGGAAAAAGGAAAAAGGCUUAGGAAGUUGUUUCCAACAAACCUCUGACCGAACACAUAAAAUGAGGCUUAAACUGGUACCAACAUCCACUACAGCACUUUAUAGAGAAAGAAUGGAUGAAGUCACUGGCUGUAUCUAAAGCCAAGUUUGUGAGAAUGUAAUAUACUUUUCUGUAAUGCACAGACCAAUGUGUGUACCUUGCAUCUUAUUGCAAAGAGGGAAUAUUUCAAUACUUUGAUUGUAAUACUUUUUAUUAUUCAAGUCCUUUUUUUUUUCUUUGAAAGACAAAUACUUUGAUAUGGUAUAUUUGAUAAAAUCAAGGAAUUAUUUAUUAAUCCUGUUAUUUUGCAGACUGCCAAGUUAUUUUAGUUUUGUUUUGGAACAAAGGAAACUGUGAAUGUUUGCUAUAUUUAUAAUAUGACAUUUUGUAUACUUGAGAUUACUUUAGCCUUUAACAGGCUUCUUUCAACCUUGAGUCCAUGGUCCUACCUUUCUGUUUGGUUUAUAAAGUGCACCCACAUAAAAUGUUUGUUUUGUUUCUUUAUCUAUUGUUUAACUCAUACGUUGCGCUUUCAUGUUGUAAUUCGGCUUUAAAAAGCACUGCACCUACCAUUUUUACAGUGCAAAAAUGUAGGAAUUAAUGGAAAUACUGUGCAUUUUUCUUUAAAAACCUAAUUUAAGUCAGGGACAUAUUUAAACAAUUUACACCUAAUAUUUAAAUGGAGUUAGAGUGUAAAUGUGAUUUGUUUCUAUUUAUUUACUGAGCAUGCUUAUAUACAUAUAUACAAAUAAUUGCCUUGAAACUUUAAAUUUGACUUCAGUUUUAACAAGUGUUUCGGUGAACUGAUUAUUUGAUGUUAAUUUACAUAUUGUGUACGGUUUCACAAAUAUGCACAGUUGUAAUCUCAUUUGUGAAACUUUUAUUGGUUCAUGCUAUUUACAUAAUUUCUUUUGUAGUAAGUGCCAUCCGUAGCAUUUUCCAAACUUGUGGAUUAGAUGUGAAAUCAGAAAAGAGUGGGGUAUUUCCUUAAUGGCUAAAUCUGGAUAAAGAAAAGGCUGAAUUGAUUAUUAGAAACAGUUAACGAAAACACAGCUGCAAUUUAGCUAUGACACAAAGCCAGGGGGGUUUGUUGUUGGACUGUAUAUAUGAUAUUCCUGUUUUAAAAUAACAACCUGCCACCUUACUGUGAAUACAGUGUAAAUGGGAAAAAAAAUCAGCUAUAAUUAAAGCAUGAACACAUCUAAUUAAAAUAAUUGCACAUGUCAAGCUAGCAGUGAAUAUUUAAAGAAAUACAUCUGUAAAAAUCUGUAAUUCACAUUUAAUAAUUAAAUGUAAUGAGUUGGACUAGUAGACUGUUCAAUCCUGCUGGGUUUCUGCAUCACUUACAAAUAGGUACCUAUUGUAUAAGCUUUAAUCAUUCUGACAGGUGACAUACCAUCUGGAACAAUGAAUAGGUCUCACUGAAUUGAUCACAGUUCAACAAUCAAAUUAUGGUGACAGGGUGACAUCGACUUGACUUAUUGUACUGAUGUUUUAAUACCAUUAAGUAAAUGGAAUAGACAUUUCUUUUUAUUCAUACUGUUAAUUGCACAAAGGCAUUAUACUUUUACAAAAAAACAUUUCAUAAAUAAACUCGAGAAAAUGAUCUUAGUAAAAGUGAA